ACAAAACGGAGAAAGGGCAAAAAAAUUCCUCAAAAUUCAAGUGCGAUGGGGGAGCAAAGUUGAGUUAGAUCUACUCAAACUUGCAGCCUCUAAUAACCCAAAAUCGUAAGAAAAGCCCCGUCAUGGAUCCACAAUAGAUCAAAAGCUCCUUCAAAGAUCCCAUCUCUGAAUCGAUCUCAUUCUCAAAGACAACAAAUCAAUCAGCAAGCAGAAGGCAAAGACGGAAAGAAGAUCAUGGGAUGCUCGUUCUCGGGUCUGAACGCUCUCUACGACGCCGUCAAUGGCGGCGGUGACGUUUGGAUCAAUGAGAACAGGUUCAAGAUCUUGAGGCAACUCGGCGAAGGAGGAUUCGCUUAUGUAUACCUAGUGAAGGAGGUGGUCUCCGACGGCGGCGGGUCCCAGGGCAGCGGCGGACUCGCCGGAAAGAAGAUUAAGAACCCUUCUCACAUUUCAGAGGAUGGAACAUAUGCUAUGAAGAAAGUCCUUAUUCAAAGUGAGGAGCAAUUGGCACUAGUGAGAGAAGAGAUCCACGUUUCCUCUCUGUUUAGUCAUCCUAAUCUGCUUCCACUUCUUGAUCAUGCAAUCAUUGCUGUCAAGGGUAACCAACAAGGAUCAUGGCAACACGAAGCAUACUUGUUAUUUCCGGUUCAUUUGGAUGGAACAUUGUUGGACAAUGCAAAAACCAUGCAAACAAAGAAAGAGUUCUACCCGACUUUUACUGUGCUUCAAAUAUUUCGACAGCUUUGUGCAGGACUGAAGCACAUGCACAGUUUUGAUCCUCCGUAUGCUCACAAUGAUGUCAAACCAGGCAAUGUCCUCAUAACGCAUAGAAAGGGACAGCCACCUCUUGCCAUAUUAAUGGAUUUUGGAAGUGCUCGACCUGCAAAGAAGGAAAUUCGAUCGCGUUCAGAAGCUUUACAGUUACAGGAAUGGGCUGCUGAGCAUUGUUCUGCACCUUUCCGAGCUCCUGAGUUGUGGGAUUGCCCAAGCCAAACUGACAUUGAUGCAAGGACAGAUAUUUGGUCUCUGGGAUGUACCUUAUAUGCUAUAAUGUAUGGUGUAUCCCCUUUUGAAUAUGUGCUUGAUGAAUCUGGAGGAAGCUUACAACUUGCCAUUAUGAAUGCCCAAGUAAAAUGGCCGGCAGGUCCCAAUCCCCCUUACCCAGAAGCUCUUCAUCAGUUUGUUCUUUGGAUGCUCCAGCCUCAGCCUACAAUCCGGCCUCAGAUUGAUGAUAUAAUCAUUCAUGUCGAUAAGCUCAUUUCAAAGUUCUCAUCCUAAAGCAAAACACAGUUUCUUGCUUUAAUUGAACCUUUGUAAGUUUCAACUGCAUAUUUAUAUACCUUUUUAGUGAUAAACUUUUAUUAUCCUGUCUAGUUAUUGUUAGAGUUGGUUUCUGUAUUGUUGUUAUUGGUUAAUGCUAAUUCUUUGUACUAUUGGCAUAUGGCGUCAUUGAAUUGUCGGUUGUAUUCCUUACCGUACUUCUGUAAUUUUGUAUAAUGACAAUAAAAUUUGUAGCAUACAUACCUUGAA